CAGUACCGUAUGUACUUUAAUCUCUCUAAACGAUUUCAUCGAUUGUACGUUUUAGUAGAGGGGCUGGAGUUUUAAGUUCUGCGAUUUUCGCUUUUCUUUAGUCUACAGGUUUUUGUUAGAACGAAAAAAAAAAUCAUCCUACAUUACGGUAACAGUCGGACGUAAACUAUCGGAUAUAUGUUUGAUUUCAGCGAAACGCAGAGUGCUUGAGGUUUGGUUUCACUUCCACUAAAAGCCUGGAGAACAGCGAACUCGGGGGACAAAAGCGAGAAGGAAGCGAGAAAGGGCCAGUCUCCACAUUUUCCUCCAAGUUUACCUCCACGACAAACUUUAGCAUGAUGUCGUAUCUUAAGCAACCACCUUACACAGUCAAUGGGCUAAGUUUAACCACCUCCGGCAUGGACCUUCUGCAUCCGUCCGUAGGAUACCCAGCUACUCCUCGAAAGCAGAGGCGGGAAAGGACAACAUUCACUCGCGCUCAACUCGACGUCCUCGAGGCUCUGUUCGCUAAAACGCGCUAUCCAGAUAUAUUCAUGCGAGAGGAGGUGGCCUUGAAAAUCAAUCUGCCAGAAUCCCGCGUACAGGUUUGGUUCAAAAACCGAAGGGCGAAGUGUCGCCAACAACAGCAACAGCAACAGAACGGAGGUCAGAACAAGGUGCGACCGGCCAAGAAGAAGAACUCCCCGGCACGAGAAGCCAGCUCCGAGAGCGGGGCGAGUGGCCAGUUCACGCCGCCGUCCAGCACUUCAGUCCCGGCCGUCUCCACCUCAACAGCCCCUGUGUCCAUUUGGAGCCCGGCGUCUAUCUCGCCCCUGUCAGACCCGCUCUCUACCUCUUCCUCUUGCAUGCAGCGCUCCUACCCAAUGACGUACACACAAGCGUCCGGAUACAGUCAGGGCUACGCCAGCUCGACGUCCUAUUUUGGGGGCAUGGACUGCGGCUCCUACCUGACGCCCAUGCACCAUCAGCUAUCCGGCCCGGGUUCCACUUUGAGCUCAAUGGGCAGCAACGCUGUUACCAGCCAUCUAAACCAAAACCCAGCCGCGCUUCCCACGCAGGGCUAUGGUGCCUCGGGCCUGGGCUUCAACUCCACAGCGGACUGCUUGGAUUAUAAAGACCAAGCGUCCUCGUGGAAGCUGAACUUCAACGCUGACUGCUUGGAUUACAAAGAUCAGACUUCCUCGUGGAAAUUCCAGGUGUUGUGAAAUGAACGAAUCGUCCGCCACUUUGUCGAAUCAAGACACUAAAGGCCAGAUUACAAACAUCGUAGACUUGCCAUCCUCCCCAAAACAAAAACACAAAAAACAAAAACAAAAACAAAAAAAAGCAAAAAAAGUGUUCCGUGAUGCGUAAACUGUGAAGGUGAAUGGGUUGCCAUGCGCCCUGCGACUCCUUAAGGUUAGUCUUUCUUUGGCAAAGAGAAUGCUUCUCUGACUAAUAGGUACACGUAACACGAUAAUGCGGUAAUUAUUUGAACGGUCUUGAGGGUACAUAAAGGAUACACAAGCUACAUGACAACAAACUAUUAUUUGAGGAAGCGAGAGGGGGAAUUGAAGUGUAUGUGUAAAACUUAGGUCACAGCCACGGAACACACCCUUACCUAAGCAAAGAAGGAGAAAACAAGUUAAAAGAAGCCAGUCGUUCGGUUAAGUGUUCGGAAUGGGCAGGCUUCCUCUAAAGCCUCUUACAGCACGACGACCUGUUUCCUUGUUGGCAAGACGAGAGACACUACCAUCAGGAUGAGAGAGAGAGAGAGAGAGAGAGAGAGAGAGAGAGAGAGAGAGAGAGAGAGAGAGAAAAUAUGUGUGUAUGUGUUUGCGUGUGCGUGCGCGUGCUGAACGCCCCCGCGGCGACCUGGAUGCACUACUUUAUUUAAGAAAAAAGUGUUUAUAAGGAAUCAAUAUGUAGUUUUUAAGAGACAAUCAAUGUGUGUCUUAUAUAAAUGGUACAUAUGUGUUUUUUUUAUCUGUGCUAGCCUUCGAAACUGUGAUCUGUUGUAACUGUAUGCAAUUUGUGAGCUCCCUCGCGACGGCGAAGACUCGGCUGUGAUUUUAAUAGAUUUUUUCACUUUUUUUCUUUGAAGAACCACUACAUCAAAUGAUAUUAGUCACAUAUGGAAUUGAUUUAAAAUGACAUUUAAAAAGACCAGUUUUCAAGGACACUGGAAGCAUUCGGUUUUGUGGACUGGGGUUUUCUUUCAGCUGUCAGUACUGGUCCUCACAGACCUAUAGUCCACGAUAUCCAGCGUGGAUCUUAAAUUUGUCUGGCGUGGUAAUGUGGUCCCAGCAUUGCAGAAAAUAUUAAUAAACGAUUUCAGAUCUGGCUCACUAUUUAAAGUUAUUCAAUCUUGCCGGUUAAGUGUGCGUAAGUAAAUGGUGUGUGUGUGUGUGAGUGAGUGAGUGAGUGAGUGAGUGAGAGAGAGAGAGAGAGAGAGAGAGAGAGAGAGAGAGAGAGAGAGAGAGAGUUUUCAAAAGGUUUUAAGAUGUUAGGUUAGACAAGUCUAGGAUGUGCAAGUUAUUUUCUUGGAGCAAUGCUUUCUGCAGAAACCCCAGCUAGCCCAGAAUCCGACAGAAAAUUGUGUCCACUUUGCAAUGUGCAAUUUUUUAAAACGUGGGUAAUUUUUCGUUAAAGUUAAACGCUCUUCUGUUUUUCUUUAU